AUGGAAGAUACCAGUAUAAUCAAAAAUGUCAAUAAGAAGUCAGUGGCAAAAGGGCGGAGAAGGUCGCAGCGUCCGUACAGCAGGCGGGACUGGCGCACUGCACAGUAUAUAAAGGGCGGCCGACGUGGCAGUGCGACAGGUGACACCGAGCUACCGCAGCAGAAGAGUCGAAGAGCAGAGGAACGACAGACAGCAGACGGCAACACAGGAGCAGAGCAAAGUGACGACAUGAGGCUGACCACGGUGUUUCUGCUCGUGGCCCUGGUGAUGGCGGCCUGCCUGACCCAAAUGGCGUACGGGAACCACGAGAAGAGCGGCGGGGGCGGCCACGACCACGGCAAGGGCCACAGCGACGGCGACGGGCACGGCCACGACGGCCGCUGACGUCACAGCCGGCGGCGGGCGCCGAGCGGCGGGGGCGCACCUGCUGCUCACCCCGCGACGCGGCCGCGUCUGCACUCCUGCACCCACUUUAUUCUCUGCUGUUACACUUGUACGUUCCUUCCAUGUGCAACAAUAUUACACUGUAAUAAAAUGAAUUCCUCCAAA